UAUUAUUUAUCAAUUAUAAUGUGGACUAAAAUAUCAUCUGGCUUUGAUGCCGACGAAGAAACCGCUAAUUUCGGAACCCGUAAUUUCGCCGAAACUCCAGGAUCUAUUUAUGAAACCUGGACACUGGCAGUUAUCCAACCAGACGUUGAAAUCGAAGAAAAUCCUAAAGUGACCGCAACUGUAUUUGACACAAGACUUUGCGUGAGUGUUGACAACUCCAUAACAAUAUUCAACGACUUGUCUUGUAACAAUGUGCUAUCAAGCAUCGGCUUUGACUCACAAGUCACCAGCUACUGUUUGUCAAAAGAUAUUUCACUGCUAUUUGUAUCCAUUGAACCAGCAGAACUUCACUGUUUUACUCUCACAGACGCUGGUCAAGAAAUAUUCUGCCUUGACCUGCACCAACACUUUCAGUGUCAUCGAAUCAUCAAAGUCUGCCUAGAUGAACAAAAUGAUCUGGUAAAUUUAUUUAUUGUUACUUCUGUAGGUAAAAUUUAUCAAAUUAAUGAUUUCAAUAAAGCUGUCAGUCCCAAUGCGGACGAUGAUAAUAUUAUCAAGGCUAUUCAGGUACUGUCAGUUCAAAAUUCGAAAAUAAAGUAUGCAGAUCUGAAACAAUCAAAUAAAACAUCAGUGAAAACAUUGGUAACUUUAGGUGAUGAUAUAUAUUUAUUUCCAGCAAAUAUUUCUUGUCCGUUAAAGUCGUUACCUUAUCAGUACAUCAAAGCACAAUUUUUCAAAAACUACAGCGGGAUGAUUUGUCUGCGUGCUGAUAAAAGUCUGAGUAUCGUGCACCUCAACACACUCAUCGGUAAAAAAGUAUGGGAUGGUCCAGUUGCAGAUUUUGUAACUCUACAAGAAGCUUCAGACAGUAACCACAUGCUGGUCUUGAUGGACUCUGAGCCUUCAGCAGACACGACGUCACUUCAUUUAAUGUCUUUUCCAGAUUUUAAAAUUAUUUUUACUAUGACUGUACCAAGAACAACAUAUUUAAUUGAUGUUGUAGGUGGUGAAUUGAUCGACAAUUUGAUGAUCAUCGAAGGAAUGAAGAAUUCGAGUGAUCUGGUCAGCGCUAUCCGUGUAAAAUCCAUUGGAGAAAGCUUACCAGAAUACCGGCUCCAGAGACUACUGAAACAGCAGCGAUUUUAUGAGGCAAGAGAAUUUGCAAGUAAAUUUAAAUUAAAUUGCGAAUGUAUUUUCCAGGCACAGCUAUCAGUAUUAAUGAAUCAACUACGUCCGCAGCUGGAUGACAAUGAAACUGUUGAUCUAGAUAGUUUUAUUUCAAUAUUAGAUCAAAUAAAAGACGUUAAAUAUAUUUACGAAUGUUGCAGCAAAACUCUGACUCGGGAUUACCAAGACACUAAGCGGCUGUAUAUGUACACAAAGAAGCGUAUUUUUGAUUGCAUUAAUUUAUCGUCGACCGCAUCUAUCACCGAAGAUAAUUCUCGUCUUCUGCAUGAAGUAAGUGAUACUCUGAAAAAACUAGAGACUUUUGAAUGCAUCCAGAAGGUAAGAUCUGAGUACAGAAGCGAUGAUUUUACAGAUAUAAAGGAAUGGGAUAAAUUUUCAAGAGCUAAUUUACUUGAAGAGUGUAUUAGAUAUUUGUCUCUAGGAGAAGUACAUGCAGCUGCACUGAUAUGGACGCGUCAUAUUUCAUCGAUAGCUCCGAAAGUAGGUAGAGGAACAGUAGAACAAAUUUUAGAAGUGAUUCCUGGUAAUUUAGGACCCACUGAUUUGUGGCCUUGGUUACACCAAUUCAUUCCUUCAGUUACUUCGUUCAUACCUAGCUCUCUGACUGAAAUAAUUCUGUGGGGCUAUAAGAAGACCAAAUCUCUAGAGAAGUCUCAUCGUGACCAGUGGCCGGCUAUUGGGUUACAAUUUUUAGAAGGACUCGUUGAUUUGCUGCAUUUUGAAGAGUAUAAAGUGUGUUUUCAACUUCAUCAGCAGUACACUAAUAAAAAUUCACAGUUCCAUCGGUUGAUGAAGCUAAUGCAAGCAGUUUCUGAUCUAGUAGAUCUAAAAACACACUAUAAAGUUCUAUUACCGCUCAAUACUUAUCUGAGUAACCCGGUUGACGUGGUUACUCUGCUGCUUAAUAAAAUACACAUUGAUGAAAUUCCUGGGCUGAUGAGCAAUUUUUUAAACCAAUACAUGGUUAAUCACUCCUUGAAGAACGAUGAAGUUCUUUCGACGUACAUUCAGAACACUUUGAAGAACUCCAAACAGUGGUGGAUCGGUGACAAAGCGCCUUGGGAUAAACGGCUCACUGUUGUUAUAAGUUACAUCCAUAACAUCCAGAACCGCUUGCAGCAGACUUUGGAAGUGUUAAAGAAAGCACCAGUGCCUUGGAGUGACGCUUUGUCAACACUUGCUGAUCAAUCUUACAAGUACAACCAUCCACUGGUAGCGCAAAUUCAUAUUGAAAGCAACAGUAUCACCCUUAAAUUGAUUUUAAAAAAAUACGGAUUCGCUCACAUUGGUUGUAAUAUUAAUUUGUAUAAAAAUAUCAUCAAACAAGAUCGCACGGAUAUGGUUGAAGAUUUGUUCGAGUUAACAAAAGCAGAUAAUAAUUUAAGGCAAGAAGUUAUUUUCACUUGUCUUAAUUAUCAAUUAAGUCGCGGUAAUACUGAAAGAUUUAUGGAUACAAUUGAUAAAUUGAAUGGUGAUUUACUAAUAAAUUGUUGUCAGCAAAUAGUCGACAUGAUCAAAAUUAAAUUAAGUUACAAUAAACUUGAUACAUCAUUGGAGUAUUAUAUGGAAGUACAAAAUACUUUAGAGAAUAAAUUAAAAGAAGCGUUAACGAGUACAAAGAAUAAAAAGUACGCUGAAUUAAAUGAUUCUUACCAAACAUUAAAAUUGUUAAAAAAUAUUUACCGUUUGUUUAAAGAAUUUGAUAUUGAUGUUAAUCAAAAUAAGUAUUGCUUGCAUAAAAAAGAUAUAAUACACAGUUAUAUUGUCAGGAUAGUUAGUAUGUGUGAGGAUGAUACGGAUUGGUUGAUUAUUUGCAAGCGUGUUGAAAGAGUGAGCGAUUUAUUGGGCUUGCCAAAAUUUUUUGGACUCCAUGAAGUGUUGCAACAAAUAUCACCUCCGCAAAAGUUGAAAGAUUACAUAAUUGAUCGCUUGAACAGUGCAGGAAUGUCUCCAGAUCCUGAUGAGAGUAGGUACAUAAUUAAAAUCUGCUCCGAAUUACUUUUGAAUCUUGACGACAACUCCCAGCUGGCUAUUUGUUUAAAAAAUUCUUGCUCAUCAACUUUAAUUCAUAGCACAGAAAAAACAGAAUCUUUGACUGAAAAUUUGCUUCUGAUUAAUCGUAUCGAGGCUUACAGUGAAGCUGUAGGCGCUGAGAAAAUGGAAACUGGAUUACAAUCUCCGCUGUCAUUUAAAUUGUAUCCAAUUUAUACAGACGCGUCCUUCUCGCCUGGAAAUAUUCUACUGCCUCUUUUAAAAGAUGCUUUGGAUAUUUGUCGCCAUUACAAGAAUAUUAGUAGAGGUAAAGAAAAAGCUUUAGAGGUAGAUCCAGAAGUUAUCAGAUACAUUAUCAAGAAUUUAUUUCAUAAAGUUAAAGCCGUUCAAAGUGAGCAUCACGAUUACGCUUUGUUAAAAAUAUUUAUGAUCAUUCAAACGGAAUUGUGUUCUUAUCAACCGGUCAGUGAAGAAGCUGUUAAAGAAAUUAAAAUAGUGAUGAAACAUUGCAGUUGUAUGUUGUUAAAAAAAUUGGUAAGCAACAGGUCAUUUGAUAUUCAUCUAGGACUAGCGUGUUUAUUUUUACAAGAUGAGUCAGAAGUUAUCAAAAUAUUGGCGUCGAUUUCAAAAUAUUUUCAAACUGAUCCGUCGCGUGAUCGAGUUAUCAAAGAUUUGGGCUACGAGUAUUGUCGAUUAAUUAAAAAUGAUUCUCAUAUUGAUUUAUUCAAUGAACAAAGAAUAAUUCACUGCUGGGCAGAGAGACUCGGUCAGUAUGGUAUUUCUCAUCAGGAAGUAUUGCAAAGCAAUAUCGAAGGUAAACGUAAUAUUAUGAUACGUAUUAUGAAGUCGAAGAAACGAGAAGCUCUGAAAGUACUAGAAGAAUUCUGCUGUAACUUUGGAUUCAGUUUAAAAGACUGUUAUUUAAAAUUGCUUGAAACUCUGCUGUUGUCAUGGCAACCAAAUUACAGUCUUACAACUGGAAAAGACGGUAAGAAGGAUCUCAAAGUGGAUGAGACUGAUAUAAAAGAACUGGAAAACGUCUGCAAAAAAUUAAUAAAAAAAAUAAAAAAUGUUGAAGACAGCAAACACAGUGAAAUAAAAACACAUUUGGAGACAUUAAAGCAACGAGUUAAUUUUUAUCAUUAUGAAAUCUUCCUUUUGCUGCUGAAUCUUGGUAAUGAAAAGGAUUUUGAAUUACAAAGUUACUUACGUUUUUUGAAAAAUUACAUUCGUAUUAGCCCACCGACAGACAUUGAACGUGAAGAAUGGUUGAAUUACUGUCAAGAUGAGCAUUCAUUACCGGCGAUUGCUCAGUGGCGACUGCCGUACCUGCCAAAAGUAUCUAUUUUUAAAUUAAUAACACAGGAAUUAAAUUUAAAAACUUAUGAAGAAUGGUUAAAAAUAGCGCCGGUUCUUAAAAUAGCCAAUUACUGUAUUUGCACAUUAGCGGUUAAAGGAGCUGUUGCUGAAGCUUGGCCUCAUAAUUCCGUGACGAACAAUAAAGCUUCCAGUCACAGUCACAAUGAGUGGUCAAUACACUUGCGUAACGGUGCUCUUCUUCAAGAAAUAAAGAAAUGUAUUAAUGUUUGUAUUAAACAAAAAGAAGAAAUUCAGUAUGGUGCAGCAGCCUGGUACCAUGUAGUUAAUUAUACGCCUCCUGGUGCUGAUAGAGUUGCUGCUGCUAAGGAAUGUUUUUUGUAUGCACAAAAUUGGCAGCAACAAGUUGAUGAUCCUCUAGCUCCAGAUGAUUCUAUCAAAUCGAAGCUCUAUAAAAUAGAGGAAAAAUAUUUCAAGUACACAUCAAAGCAUACUUUGUAUACUUAUGGAUUAGGUCAAGACAGGUACUUGAAUCUAGUCGAAAAUCCGGAGAAGUUGGUCCGAGAAUUGUAUCACGAUGAAACAAUACCGGCACGUUAUAAAGGAGUUAUUAAAAAUCGUCCUGAUAUAAAUGCAGCGGUGACAAAGUUAGGAGAUAUAUUCAAAUUAAAUUUAAUGAAAAUACGCUUGGCGUUACUACACGAAUGGCUUCAGCCCGAAGUUGGUGACAACAAAGCCAAUGAUACUUUAAAUAUGUUCAACGAUUUUUCAACAUUAUCUAAUAGUACUACGGGUGAUACUUUUACGACUGAUGACAAUUUGCUGCGGGCUUGCUAUCUUGUUGGUUCGGACAAUUCUGAAAAUUAUGCAAAUUAUCUGCUUAAUAUCAGCUUAAUAGAAGUUAAUGAUGAAGACUACGGGAAUCUUUAUGAACCAGGUAUGCGAUUCCGUGCUCUGAGAGUGCUCCAGUCUAUAAAGGAUGAAGUAGCGUUAGCUGAUUACGCCAAACGCGAUCCACAGCGCGUCAAUCAGUACAUGAAAUCACUCCAGUAUUUAACAGAGCUAGAAAGAUUUGGAUUGUCAUAUAGCAUUACUAAUUUUGAUAUGUGCUCUAAACAAAAACUGGUACAGAUUCUAGUGAACAGCCAGUACAGUACGCCGCGUGCGUUAGGACUGAUUCCGCAGUUGUACCUGGAUUAUAAUAUUGAGGAUCUCAGUUAUCUUAAUACUGCAUUAGAGUAUAUGGUAAAGUACUUACUUGUCCAAGAAUUAAAGAAAAACUUAUUGAAACUUGGUUCAAUUGACCGCAUUAUUAAUUUCCCUGGUUACAUUGCUGCUUGGCAAUUGAUUAUAAAUGAACCGUUUAAUAAACUUGAUCAUAGCUCUAAAAGUGUCGAUAACUGCAUCGAAGCACUAAGAUUGUUGCAUGUAUGUCCGAUUAUUGACAAACUUCAAUUCAGCUCUAUCAUAAAUUAUUGUAUUCUGGCUAAACAAUCACAUUUCGCAGCAAGUCUCCUUCCUUUUUUGAGUGGAAAUGAACAAGAAAUUGUUCUAAAGAAACUACUACAAAAUCUAAAUUACGAAGAAAUAACGAGUAAAAUGUUAGAUUUAGCGAGUAAAGGUGUAUCCAUCGUUUACCAAUCUAUUACGAUGUUGAACCAAGCCAGAACUAAAAUGUCCAUUGAACAAUAGUAUUAUAAUUGUAUAUAUUUGUACAAUUGUUAUGAAUUAGAAUCCUCGGAAGGUUUCCAAGAAUCAUCAUAAUUUUCAAUCGUCAGUGAUUUUUCACGCAAUAAUUUAAGUUUAUAUCCUUCUGGAUGAUCACUGGCAUCUAAUACAGUUAAACGAGUAACAACUAAAAAAUUGGGGUUUUUCGGACUUGGACCCUGAAUAUAAUCUAUUUCGUCCUCAAGUCCAAUCUGUAAUAAAUCAAUUAAUGUAUAAAUAAUGAAUUUAAGUAAAUAUUAAAAAUUUUUUAUACUAUUUUAA